CCUCGGACGUACGAGAUUUCAUUCUCCUCUUCAAACUUCUCCUCUCAAAAUCCGUUUUGCCGGUAAGGCCAUAGAAAAAUAGAAAAAAUUAAUUCUCCAUGGAUAUAAUCGAUGCUCAUGCACAAGUAGCCUAAAAACAAAACCAGCUCUUCAACGCUGCUUCUUGUGAAGAGGGAAAAAAAGAUUGGGAGAAAAACUCUCCAAAGGUCGAAGGCGUUUGGUCGGUCUCACACUUUUACACAUGUUAGUGAGGUUCAUCCCUGCUUGCCUGAGUGUAUCUCAGAAACCCCCGAGUUUGAACUCUCUCUCCAAACACAUUUCAUUGAGCAAAUUCAAAAGAGGAAUAAGAAGGUGUUGCCUUAAACGGCCUCAAAUACUACCUUCUACUUCUGGAGAUGCUGUUGGCUUGAGUGUCUUUGUGCUCUCUGACUUGCACACAGACUAUGCAGAGAACAUGAAAUGGGUGAAGUCCCUGUCAACUGUGAGACACAGGAAAGAUGUUCUUCUCGUUGCAGGUGAUGUGGCAGAAACAUAUGACAACUUUGUUUUGACUAUGUCUCUCCUGAAGGAUGGAUUUGAGCAUGUCUUCUAUGUACCAGGAAACCAUGAUCUUUGGUGUCGGGAUGGACAAGAUAAUGAUGAUUCUCUUGAAAAGCUAAAUAAAUUGCUUGAUGCAUGUAGAGGACUUGGAGUUGAGACCAAUCCCAUGGUUAUAGAUGGCUUGGGAAUUAUUCCUUUAUUCUCCUGGUACCAUGAGAGCUUUGAUCGAGAGAAGGAUAUAACUGGCUUCUACAUCCCGUCUUUGGAGAUGGCAUGCAAGGACUUUCAUGCAUGUAAGUGGCCUGGGGAGCUUUCAAAUGGGGAUACCUCCCUUGCUUUGUACUUCGAUGCAAUUAACGAAAACAAUCUGAAUGAGAUCAAGGAAAUCCAGAGGACUUGUAGCCACAUAAUCACAUUUUCUCACUUCGUUCCCAGGCAAGAGCUAUGUCCAGAGAAGAGGAUGCUAUUCUAUCCCAAGCUCCCCAAAAUCAUUGGCUCCGAUUAUCUCGAGGUUCGCAUACGGUCUAUACAUGGAAUCCAGGGGAGUGCAUCUGCAUGUCAUGUGUUUGGUCAUACCCAUUUCUGCUGGGAUGCUGUGGUUGAUGGUAUCAGGUAUGUGCAGGCACCAUUGGCAUACCCAAGAGAGCGGAAGAGAAGAAUGAAUGGGGGUGAAAAUUGGCUACCAUUUUGCAUCUACAUUGAUGGGAAAUUUGCUGAUACACUCUCUCCCUGUUAUUGGUCCGAUUAUUACUCUGCCAACCAAAGAACACCUCACAACACCAAACUUGCUCCUUGGGUUGCCAGAUUCUAUAACCAAACAUAACACAUAACACGAUACUAAUCGUGUAUACCCGUUUGUUUUCAUUUAUUUUAAAAGUAAUGCUAUUUAGUAGAUAAUUUUACAACUCUUAUACAAUUGAGAUGACGGGCAAUAAGAAUUAAUCUUUAGAUUAACAAGAAAUAGUUUUUUAAAAAAUAAUUAAUCAUUAAAUUUUAUUGCUACGUCAUUUCAGUUGUAUAAUAAUUUGCUUAUAAUAAUCUACUAAAUAGCAUUGCUAAAUAGUAUUAAAAUGAUUUCAUUUUCUUCCCCUCUGUGAAACAAUUAUUACUUGCACCCUUCAUUCAAUGUUACGCAUUUUUUGUUUUCCACUCUUGGAGAAACAAUGGUAGAUUGGCUCAUCUCUGAGCAAUUCAUUCUUUUGUAGAAUUUAUACUCUACUCAGUUCAUUGUAUCAUAGUGAUAAAAUUUAUACCCAGUUGGCCUUAAAUCUUUUGUAGAA